AUGGGUUUCAGAAGACCACCGCCAGAUCCUUUCGGUCGCCCUCCACCACCCGGACCAUGGGGUCCUAAUUAUUCACCACCAGAUCGUUUUACUCAGCCACCGCCACCACCACCACCCGGCCGAUCAUGGGAUCCUUUUAAUUCACCACCAGAUCAUUUUGCACAGCCACCACCACCCGGACCAUGGGGUCCUAAUUCACAACCAGAUCGAUUCGCACCACCGCAGCCGCCACCACGACCGGGCUGGUAUGCCCAUCAACAUGCGGGACCUGCCGGAGCUCCUGGCCCCCCUCCACCGCCAUAUUUGGACCCAUAUGGUCCACCUCCACCGCCUAAUUGGAACCGGGCUCCUGGACCUGGUCCCCCACGGCCUUAUUAA